CGUCAGGCCGUUUGUUGUCAUUGGCGGCUCCCAAGAUGGCGUCCAUCAUGGAAGGGCCGCUGAGCAAAUGGACUAACGUGAUGAAGGGCUGGCAGUACCGUUGGUUCGUGCUGGACUACAACGCGGGGCUGCUCUCCUACUACACGUCCAAGGACAAAAUGAUGAGAGGCUCUCGCCGAGGAUGUGUUAGACUCAGAGGAGCUGUGAUUGGUAUAGACGAUGAGGACGACAGCACCUUCACAAUAACUGUUGAUCAGAAAACCUUCCAUUUCCAGGCUCGUGAUGCUGAUGAGCGAGAGAAGUGGAUCCAUGCCUUAGAAGAAACAAUUCUUCGGCAUACUCUUCAGCUUCAAAUCAGUACCACACUUGCUUUUUUCCAGUCUUCUGGUAUCUCUCCAGUUCUUGAAUUUUCAAAAAUAAUUGUAAGUGAUUCAAUUGGUUUGGAUUCAGGAUUUGUUCCUAGCGUCCAAGACUUUGAUAAGAAACUUACAGAGGCUGAUGCUUACCUACAAAUCUUGAUAGAACAAUUAAAGCUUUUUGAUGACAAACUUCAAAACUGCAAAGAUGAUGAACAGAGAAAGAAAAUUGAGACUCUCAAAGAGACAACAAAUAGCAUGGUAGAAUCAAUUAAACACUGCAUUGUGUUGCUGCAGAUUGCUAAAGACCAGUGUAAUUCGGAGAAGCACGCAGAUGGAAUUAUAAGUACUAUUAAUCCUGUAGAUGCAAUAUAUCAACCUAGUCCCUUGGAACCUGUGAUCAACACAAUGCCUUCCCAGUCUGUCUUACCUCCAGAAUCUGCUCAGUUGUGUAAAUCAGAGCAGCGUCCAUCUUCCCUACCAGUUGGACCUGUAUUAGCUACCUUGGGACAUCAUCAGACUCCAACACCAAAUAGUACAGGCAGUGGGCACUCACCACCUAGUAGCAGUCUCACUUCUCCAAGCCAUGUCAACUUGUCUCCAAAUACAGUCCCGGAGUUCUCUUAUUCUAGCAGUGAAGAUGAAUUCUAUGAUGCUGAUGAAUUUCAUCAAAGUGGCUCAUCCCCAAAGCGCUUGAUAGAUUCCUCUGGAUCUGCUUCAGUCUUGACGCACAGUAGCUCAGGAAAUAGUCUGAAGCGUCCAGACACCACCGAGUCACUCACUUCUUCCGUGUCCAAUGGAACAAGUGAUGCUGAUCUUUUCGAUUCCUAUGACGACAGAGAUGAUGAAGGGGAGGCAGGAUCGGUGGAAGAGCACAAGAGCGUUAUCAUGCAUCUCUUGUCACAGGUUCGGCUUGGAAUGGAUCUUACUAAGGUAGUUCUUCCAACAUUUAUUCUUGAAAGAAGAUCUCUUUUAGAAAUGUAUGCAGACUUUUUUGCACAUCCGGACCUGUUUGUGAGCAUUAGUGACCAAAAGGAUGCCAGAGACCGAAUGGUUCAGGUUGUAAAAUGGUACCUCUCAGCCUUCCAUGCGGGAAGGAGAGGAUCAGUUGCCAAAAAACCAUACAAUCCCAUUUUGGGCGAGAUCUUUCAGUGUCACUGGACAUUACCAAAUGAUACUGAAGAGAACGCGGAGCUAGUUUCAGAAGGACCAGUUCCCGGGGUUUCCAAAAACUGUGUAACAUUCGUGGCUGAGCAAGUUUCCCAUCAUCCACCCAUUUCAGCCUUUUAUGCUGAGUGUUUUAACAAGAAGAUACAAUUCAAUGCUCAUAUCUGGACCAAAUCAAAAUUCCUCGGAAUGUCAAUUGGGGUGCACAACAUAGGGCAGGGGUGUGUCUCGUGUCUAGACCAUGAUGAACAUUACAUCCUCACAUUCCCCAACGGUUAUGGAAGGUCUAUCCUCACAGUGCCCUGGGUGGAACUAGGUGGAGAAUGCAAUAUUAAUUGUUCCAAAACUGGCUAUAGUGCAAAUAUUGUCUUCCACACGAAACCUUUCUACGGGGGCAAGAAGCACAGGAUUACCGCUGAGAUUUUUUCUCCAAAUGACAAGAAGUCCUUUUGUUCAAUUGAAGGGGAAUGGAAUGGUGUCAUGUAUGCAAAAUAUGCAACAGGGGAAAAUGCAGUUUUUAUAGAUACCAAGAAGUUGCCUAUAAUCAAGAAGAAAGUGAGAAAGUUGGAAGAUCAGAAUGAGUAUGAAUCCCGCUGCCUUUGGAAGGAUGUCACUUUCAACUUAAAAAUCAGAGAUAUUGAUGCAGCAACUGAAGCCAAGCAUAGACUUGAAGAAAGACAAAGAGCCGAAGCCCGAGAAAGGAAGGAGAAGGAAAUUCAAUGGGAGACGAGGUUAUUUCACGAAGAUGGAGAAUGUUGGGUUUACGAUGAACCAUUACUGAAACGUCUUGGUGCUGCCAAGCAUUAGGUUGGGAAAUGCAAAGUUUACACCUGAUAACCAGGGCAGUAGGCGUAAUCAAGCAACAGUCUUCCUUUGGGAGAACAUUCUUACUCCCUUAUUGCAGUGGUUCCUAUCUCAGGGAUACUGGACUUUCCGAUGCAGAUGAACAAUUAAAAGCGAGAAAAGCUUCCCUUUUUCCUCUUUUGUGGCAGUUACAAUUUUGACUUCAGUCCUGAGAAAAACUUCGGGUUUUGAAAAUACCAUGUCUGCUCUUUUUCCAAACCCCAGGCUUUGAAAAGCAUUUAAAAAUCCCAGUCUCAAACUCUGCACUCUAGUACUGCUGUUGAGAUAAUACAUCAUCUGUUUCUUAGUUCAUAUAAUCUUGGGAUAUAUAUAUAUAUAUACACACAUAUAUAUACAUACACGUACAUAUACAUAUAUACCUGAUGCCAGAUUUUUCAUAAAUAUUCCAUCUGUAAAUAUUGGUUCCUCUGAGUUCUUUUAGAAAUUUAGCGCAAUGUAUUAAAAUCAAGUAUUAAGAAAUUUCAUGGUCUCAUCUACAAUAACUUUUAUUUUGUAAUUGUAUCUAACUCUGGGUUACAGUUUAAUUAUACUCAGUGCUUCUUAAGGCUUCAUAAAGUACUUUUUCCAACCUUU